AUGCUAAACUUACCAAUAAAACCCAAUGUUCAGCCGAUUGUAGAAGAUCUCAAGAAAGAAGUGAAUGACUUGAACAUAAAACAGGCAUCAGACGUGAAAUACACACAGCAAUUGAAAACGGAAAUUGCCGAGCAGACAUCGAGUCAGGCCGAGUUGAAGGUGCUGAUCGCAAACAACGUUGAAGAAUCGGAGAAGUUAAAGGCGAAAAUCGUAACAUCUCCCGAAAAGUUUCUUGGAGAACUCGAUCGGAUGAGCACCGCCAUCGAGACUUGCAAAUUGGUCAUCGAAGAGAAAAGUCGAAUACUUCACGAGAAAAAAAAUUUGGAAGAAUCUCUCAACGUUGUUGAAGAUAAAUCGACAGAAAAAUACCAAGAAAUACUGGAUGAGGCAGCCAUCAACAAUGAACAACUUGAACAUAUUAAUUUUGAACAAAAGAACGCCAAACGUCAGUUGACGAUGAUGAUAGAAAAAAAAGAUCGCAUGGAGCGAGUUUAUGAAAAGAAACUGGCUGCGAAAAGGGACGAGCUUGAAGUGAACAAAAAGGAUGUUGAGAUGUUGCAGAAAAAAGGAAAACAGCUUCAAGAACAAUCUUCGACAGAUGAAGAAUUACAAGAAGUGUUAGCGAAGAUAAAAGCAAUGGAGGAAGACUACGGCAUGAAAAAGAAUUUAGUGAAAGAGGUCUACGAGCAGAUGAUAACCUCGCUGAACAAUUAUCACGAAGGGCUUAGAAAUGGCGCACAUGCUGUGCUGAACGCUUUUUCAGAUUCUGAAGAUACGAAUAAUGCCAAUGAAGUGUUUGGAUGUGAUGAUCCGACGCCAAAUGAAGUAAUGCUAGAAGUUAAGUAAAUACAAACGAUAAAAGUUAGCGUGAUUUUGUUUAUAGCUGAAAAUAUUUUCCUCCGUUAUGUGUAUUGUAUAAGAGAUUGAAGUAGAGUUGAAAAAACUCGAUGAACUUAUAUUUAGGAACAGUAUCUUCAUCUUUGAGUUGAAGUUCAUUCAAAUAUAAAACAAAGCUCUUGCAAA